UAUAAAACUAUUACAGCAUGCAGUCUUUUACUUGAGGAGGAAAAAAAGGGGUGACUCUGCAGAGCUCCCACCCCGCCCUCGAAGACCCUCAGACACCAUCUUCUUGAAACGUGAAAACAGGCGCGGCUGACCAAACAUUUAGCUGGCUAAGCCUACUUUGCUCCUGUCUAUAUGCAGCUGUUGAACUGGAAAGAAAGAGAGCGGUCUUCCUCUUCUCGGCGCUAUGGCUUUCACAGUGCUCAGGCCGGUGUCGGCUCAUCGCUUCGCUUUCUCCGUUGACUUAACCCUGACGUCGGACGAGGAAGAAGGGAACCGCAGCGAGAGCGAAGGCAGCACGGACCAGGGUUACAGCUGCUGCGCAGUGCCCGGCACCAGUGGGGUCGUGGUCCAGCAGCGAAACGCCGCCAACGCCAGAGAGAGACACCGGACUCAGAACGUCAACACGGCUUUCAGCGCGUUACGGACGCUCAUUCCCACGGAACCGAUGGACCGAAAACUUUCCAAAAUCGAAACGCUGCGUCUGGCGUCCAGCUAUAUUUCGCACCUGGCCAAUGUGCUGGUGGUGGGCGAUGAGAGGGAGGACGGCGCGCCGUGUCUCAGCGCCGCGUACAAGGAGGUGAGGGGCAGAGGAGACCCCGGGCAGCCCCGGAGCAUCUGCACAUUCUGCCUCAGCAAACAGCGAAAAGGGGUUAAAGACAGACGAUAUUAUGUGAAAAUGCACAGAGGGGCGGUGAGAAAAAUACCUUCUCGAUAAAACUCUUCCUUAUUUGGGACUGAAAAUGUCCUGCUGUUUUGAGGACAGCCAUGCACAGCACAACCAAAGACUCUUUCUCUGUGUAUUUUUUAUCCGAGAUGAGUUGUGGCUCAAGAGUGUGGCACUACUAAUGCUUUAUAGUACUAAAAGUGGAUAAUGUUAACUUGAGAAAAGUUAAGAAUAAAGCCUCGAGAUAUUUUGGUGAUCAGUUCAUGUUCAUAAUCAAACAUGGUACAUUUCAUAACAAUGCUCUUGUACACAGGAAGGACUAUAGCAUUGUGCGCUUCACCACUAAGGAAUCCUAACAAUUCAAUCAUUCCUGGAAUAUAAAAUAAAAAGGAUUAAUAGUUGAAAAUAUUGCAAUUCCUUCAUGAUGUUUGUAGAACGUUCUUAGACACAUUAACUUGCUUCAGAUCAAUCACUUUUACCAGUUUAGCAGAGUCUGAUUGUUGGUUGAUCAGCUUGACUGACGCCUGAUGAGAGUUUUUUGUUUCUUAGUUGAAUGUGUUCACCAAAUGGAGUUCAAUUAAUAGUGCAUGCUGAACAACAAUUAAAUCCUGCAUGGGAAAGGAGCAAUAGUGUUCACAUUUCAUAUUGUAAUCGGGGAGCUGUCUUUGUUUUGUUAUAUUUGAUUCACACAUAUGCUACAUAUGCCGAGCCUCAGGUUAAGCAGGUGAGUGGGAGCCGGAGAAAGUUAUUAUGUUUGACUUUUACAUGUCUCCGAAAGAAUUAAAACUAUUUUUACAUAUG